CAUGUCAGUAUUCACCCAUUCACACACACAUUCAUACACUGAUGACAGAGGCUGCUAAGGUGCCAACUUUGCACCAUCAGGAUCUAAUCUAAAUACUCAUUCACACACCGAUGGCUCUCUAGCUGCAGGACAGACCAAAGCCAUCACCAGAACUGUGUUAAAGACUCGUGUGGCGGAGCAGGAGACGUCUCUGGCAGGAAAACUGUGGAUAUCUCAAGAACACUUUUUUCUUUUGCUGGCAAGUACCAGACGGAUGAGCUGAAUGAAGCUUCGGAAGAGGAAGCUGCAGACUCAGCUGGUGAAGGAAGGAAUGCCUUACGGAAACUUUGUAUGAAUGUUACAGUAUAUAUUCGGGUUGUUUUAUUUCACCAACGGUCAUUUUUACUAUCUUUUAAGCAACAUGAGAAAACUUCUUUCUUCGGGAGCAAUUUGGGGUUAAGUGUCUUGCUCGAGGACACAUGUGACCUUGUGACCCCGGAGCAGCCGGGGAUCGAACCACCGACCUUCCGAUUGGUGGACAACCAACCUGCUCUACCCUCUGAGCCACAGCGUGCGGUGAAAGCAUGCCCUCUUGUCCCAAUCUCUCGGAGUGCCUCUCCCAUGAUAACUACAGCUGGGAGGAGACACACAACAACGCCACGAGGACCUCUGACCUCGGCCUGCCUCCUCUCAACUACUACUCCAUCCCUCUCCUCACGGCCAUCACCACCGCCUGCACGCUGCUGUUCCUGGUCGGAGUGACCGGGAACGUCAUGACCAUUUUGGUGGUGGGCAAGUACCGAGACAUGCACACCACCACCAACCUGUACCUGUGCAGCAUGGCCGUGUCAGACCUGCUCAUUUUCCUCUGCAUGCCGCUGGACCUCUACCGGAUGUGGAGGUACAGGCCCUGGCGGUUUGGAGCCGCGCUCUGCAAACUCUUUCAGUUCGUGUCAGAGUCGUGCACCUACUCCACCAUCCUGAGCAUCACCGCGCUGUCGGUGGAGCGCUACCUGGCCGUCUGUUUCCCGCUACGUGCCAAGGCCUUGGUUACCAAGAGACGGGUGCGCGGCCUCAUUCUUCUCCUCUGGACGGUGUCUCUGUUGAGCGCCGGACCUGUGUUUGUCAUGGUGGGAGUGGAGCGCGACAGCAUGGGGCCCAAUUUCACUUGGGAAAUGAAUGAGACUGGCUUGUUCAUGGAGGACACCCGGGAGUGUAAGAUGACGCAUUACGCAGUGGAGUCAGGCCUGAUGGGCGCCAUGGUGUGGUUGAGCUCUGUUUUCUUCUUCAUGCCGGUCUUCUGUCUCACAGUCCUCUACAGCCUCAUAGGCCGCAGGCUGUGGCAGAGACACAGAGAGACAAACAUCAACUCACGAGUGGCUCACCGGGACAAAAGCAACAGACAGACCAUCAAGAUGCUGGUGGUGGUGGUUCUGGCCUUCGUCUUGUGCUGGUUGCCGUUCCAUGUGGGUCGCUACCUGCAGUUCCGCUCUCUGGACGCUCCGUCCCCGCUGCUGUCCGUGUUGUCCGAGUACUGCAGUCUGGUGUCCGUGGUUCUCUUCUACCUGAGUGCCGCCAUCAACCCCAUCCUCUACAACACCAUGUCCUGGAAGUACCGGGGCGCAGCGGCGCGCCUCUUCGGCCUGGCCGACAGCCAGCCGCCACGAGGGCGCACGGCCAGCACCGUGAAGGGAGACGGCUCCAACGGCUGGACGGAAUCCACAGUCAGCUUCUGAACACUGUCAAAAUGGAAAAAAACUAUUAGUCAUAAAUUGAUAACAAUCACUGACCUAAA